CACGCACAGCAGCAUCGGCAGCAACAACACGGGCAACAGCAAGUAAAUGCUACCGCAUCGGCUGCCAGCCAGAGGAGUCCUUCAGUAUCAGACAUCACCUCACCAGACGUAGGCCUCGCCUACCAAACCUCACCCGCCGCCUCAUCCUCGACCCACACUCAGACACCCCAGUCUCAUUCUCACUCUCACCCUCACCCUCACACAACUGCCACGCCUCACUCAGCAACAGACCUGCGCGCCAUCAUCGCAGGCGCGCCGAGUCCCAACACCACCACGGGAUCCCACCACAGCGACCGUCUCGCCCUCUUCGCCUCCGAAGACCUCGUCCAGCGGAUGCUCCACGACUGGUUCGAGAAAGUCCACGCCCUCGCCCCCGUCCUCCACCGGCGUCGCUUCCUGCACCGCCUUAAAGCCGGCGAGGCAAACACCGACCGCACCUUUUGCGCCCUGGUCGUGAGCGUCUGCGCCGCGACGGUAGCGACGCUGCGGAGGGCCGACUACAGCCCCGUCACGGUCGAGCGGUGUCUGGACUUCAUCGAGGAGCAGCACCUGCUCGACCAUGGCCUUCGGAAGCCCGUCUACUCGCUGGACUGUCGAGAUGAGGAACAAUCUUCGGUUGACGUUUUCCUUCAUCUGAACAGUAGUGCGGACAUAUUCGGCAGACUGUCCGUAAGUAUCGUCUCUCAUCAAGAGAACCGCGCCCACCUGCGCCCUUUACCCCUGACAGACUCGCAACUCGAGACAGGGCCACAGCUGUCCCACGCGGAAUUACCGCCGUGGCACGGCGAUACAACUUCCUACGUACCGGGGUUAAACCAGCUAAGCGACCUCUUCCUGAUAUGGCAUGAGGCGCAAACCGCCCCCAUGAGCCUCUACGGCGGCCAAGAAGAGGCUCUCAAGCACUGGCUCGCCAAAAUCCAAACAAUCAUUGACAACUUUCCGCCCGAACUACGCUGGCGCGGGGGUCUGUCCCGCCCCUCUCACAUAACAGAAGGUCACGACACACAAAUCGCUAACCUCUUCAUCACGAGCCUCAACAUCCGCUCCAAUCUGCUGCAAAAGUUCGGUUCCACGGUCAAGACGCGCGCGGCGGAGCACCAGCGCAUCGUUGAUGACCUACUCGAGAUCCUGUACCACAUGCCGCAGCACGUCCUUGAGCAGAACGGCAACAGCCUGAUCCCGAAGCUGAGGGACCGCGGGGCGGCGUACAUGGAGCAGAUGGACGUUGGCGACGGCGCGCUGGUGAUUGAGGGCGCUAGGCUGAAGCUGGAAAAGUUACUGCGGAAGCUGGAUGAUAUUGACUGCUGGCCUGGCUUGCCUGGGAUCGAGAGCCCGCAGAGUAAUAGGCAAUGA